UAAACAAACUUCUACUAACUACAUGUAACAAAAUAUGCGACAUCUACAUAAGCAAGUGUCAAUAAAUUGCUAUGGUGAAAAGAGUUGACUGUAGUAUUAACGACCAACUAAAAGAAUUGGUCAAAACUUCUCCAUCAUCUAACAAGGACGAGCAGAGCGAUGACGGCGUAACCCACGUUCAACAUGUUCAUAAUAUGUCACUUCAUGUUGCUAAUGGUGAGAAGUUGCAUGUUUCUCAUAUGGGCAAGGUUACUAGUUCGGAUAUUGAGCUUUCGUCUACAUUUCAUGUGCCGAGAUUGGUUCCUAGUUUGGCAACUGUGGGUCAACUUACUGACCAAGGUUAUCGUGUUACGUUUGCACCCUCUGGCUAUGUUGUACAGGAUCCGACGACCGGGAGGGAGAUCGGCAAGGGUAGUAAGAAGGGACGCCUAUUUUACCUGGAGCAAUUGCGUCCACCAUCAUCCGCAUCAUCAUCCACCUUCCAGCCUCGUACCUUUUUCCCUACUGUUUUUUCGAGUCUCCCUGAUAAAACGUUUCGGUUAUGGCAUGCUAGAUUAGGUCAUCCUGAUUCUAGUAGACUCACUACUAUGUUUAAGCAACAGUUAUUUGGUCCAAAGACUCUUGGUCAUUGUUCGUCGGGUUUUUCAUGUACCAGUUGCAUUGAGGCAAAAACUACUCGCAUUUCUUUUCCAUCCAGUCAAACCACUAUUUCUGAACCCUUUGAUUUGAUCCAUAUUGAUCUUUGGGGACCUAGUCCCACCAUUUCCCGACUUGGAUAUAAGUAUUUUGCACUCUUUAUCGAUCAUGCUACUCGAUAUACAUGGGUAUACUUUCUUCGCCUCAAAUCCGACCUCUUGGCUGUCGCUACAAAAUUCCUUGCCAUGAUUAAAACCCAAUUUGGUAGAACUAUUCGUGUAGUUCGAUCUGAUCCUGGAGGAGAGUUUAGUUCUGGUCCCUUGUUAAAUCUCUAUCGGUCUCUCGGUAUUUUGUCUCAAAAAUCUUGUCCUUUCUCUCCCAACAAAAUGGUCUGGUAGAAAGGAAAAAUAGUCAUGUUCUCGAGGUCACUCAUGCUCUCUUGCUCUCUUCGUAUGUCCAACUUCCUUUUGGCCUGAGACUGUUGCUACGCUAUUCGCCUCAUCAACUAUCAGAUUACUCAUGUCCUCGAGAAUACCAGUCCGUUUUUCCGUCUCUUCUCAAAACCCCCACCAUAUUCCCGCCUUCGUGUUUUUGGGUGUGUCUGUUUUGUCCUUCUCCCUCGGUCUGAACGUACUAAACUUACCUCUAAGACAGCUCGUUGUUGUUUUCUUGGCUAUAGUGGCAUCCAUAAGGGCUAUCUUUGUUAUGAUCCUGCUGCUCGUCGUGUUCGUAUUGCCUGUCAUGUCGUGUUUCUUUAAAAUCUGAUGCACCAUUCUUCCUCGUCUGGUUCCUACUCACCAUUGUUUGAUCUGUCCCUUACUCCGCCCUCUUUUCCAGAUGAUGAUGAUGAUGAUGAUGGGUUUGUUGAACUACCUGCCGAUGAGCUACCCCCCGACUCCCCUCCCUCGACAGCACCUUCCUCUCCUGGUUCUUCAUCGACUGAUCUCUCAUCACCGUCUCCACCUCCAGUGGAGCCCCCUCGUCGCUCACUCCGUUCCAUCAAGGGUGUUCCUCCUGUUCGGCAUAUGGAUUACUUGGCCUAUAGUGUUGACCCUAUUCCGGUUCCUACUCUAUAUUCACAGGCUAAGGGUCAUCCUGAGUGGGAUAAUGCUAUGGCCGACGAGAUCGACGCGCUACAUACUAAUCACACCUAGGACAUGGUUCCUCGUCCCCCGCCCUCGAUUCCAGUUAUUGGCUCGCGAUGGGUGUAUGCUAUUAAGGUUCGUCCGGAUAGUACUCUUGAAAGGUUCAAAGCCCGGGUAGUGGCCCAGGGUUUCUAUCAGGAAUACGAGAUUGAUUUUGAGGAGACGUUUGCUCCGGUGGCGAAGAUGGUUACUGUUCGUACUCUUUUGGCAGUUGCAUCCUGUAGACACCACAUUUUGUCCGGGAUAAUCGUUUUAUUGAAAAUAGUUAUUCUAACGUCGUACUACGAUUAUAUUUAAAAAGGAAGUUGAAGAUAGUUUGGUUGAGACUAGCAGUUGCAAGUCAAUAUGAACCAACAAUUAUCAAAUUUGCUCCUAGUCGAUUCUAGGGCAUAAUUAGUUAAGAUAGGAUCGAUUUAAGUUAAGAUUGACAGUGGCAAAUCUUAAAUAUAAAUUCUCAAUUGGA